AUGAUUGCUUGGCUGAUCUCUCUGAGAAGUAUUGAAAUGCUACUUUUGGCAAUGCCUUGCCUGAGUUUCCACAUUGAACCUGAAGAAGGUAGCAUUGCAGGGGGAACGUGGAUCACAGUCAUUUUUGAUGAUUUGGAGUCCAGUCUCCUUUAUCCCACCAAUGGCUCUCAGCUGGAAAUACACCUGGUGAAUGUGGCUGUGCCUGCACUGCCCAGCAUCCCCUGUGAUGUAUCCCCUGUCUUCUUGGAUUUGCCGGUGGUGAUGUGCAAGACGAGGUCUCUGCUGUCCCAAGUACCUGAGGGCAUGUACCACCUGGAAGUGCACUCUGGGGGACACGUUGUAGGCAGCCCAACUGCAGGACUACCGGACAGCUGUUCGUUCAAGCUUUCCAGGACACAGACACCCAUUGUUUACCAAGUGAAUCCACCAAGUGGAGUUCCAGGACAGCUAAUACAUGUGCAUGGCUGGAUUAUCACUGGACGAUUGGAAACCUUUGAUUUUAAUGCUGAGUACAUUGAUAGCCCAUUGAUCUUGGAAGCUCAAGGAAACUACUGGGUCACUCCUUGCUCUCUUGUAAAUAGGCAGACUGGAAGCCUCUACCCCCUUCAGGAAGACCAUGGUCUUGGCACUCUGCAGUGCCGUGUGGAAGGCAACUAUAUUGGUUCCCAGAAUGUUAGUUUCUCAGUAUUUAACAAAGGAAAGUCAAUGGUCCAUAAGAAUGCAUGGCUGAUCAGUGCUAAACAGGACCUUUUCCUGUACCAGACAUACUCAGAAAUACUGUCUGUGUUUCCAGAAACUGGGAGCCUUGGGGGAAAAACAGACAUCACAAUUACAGGAGACUUCUUUGACAUCCCUGCCCAGGUUACCAUUGCAGGCAUUCCAUGUGAUGUUAGACACGUGUCUCCCACGAGGAUUGCGUGCACCACUAGGGCCCCGGGAGAAGGUGUAAGGCUCACUGCUCCUCAGGCAGGCAACCGGGGGCUUCUCUUUGAAGUUGGAGAUGCUGCUGAGGGCUUGGACCUAACUGAAGCCACCCCUGGGUACAGGCAGCAGAUUGUCCCUAACGCCAGUUCUCCAUUUGGAUUUUGGUCAAAGGAAGGGCAACCUUUCAGAGCAAGGCUCAGCGGGUUCUUUGUGGCCCCAGAAACCAAUAAUUACACUUUCUGGAUCCAGGCAGACAGCCAAGCUUCCCUGCAUUUCAGUCGGUCAGAGGAUCCCAGGACCAAGGUGAAGGUGGCCUCCAUCAGGGUGGGCACUGCUGACUGGUUUGACUCCUGGGAGCAGAAUGGGAAUGAUGAAGGCACCUGGCAACGGAAGUCCCCCAAGUUGGAGCUGCUCGGGGGAGCCAGGUACUACCUGGAGGCAGAGCAGCGUGGGAGAGCCCCCAGCCGGGGCAUGAGAAUUGGUGUCCAGAUCCACAACACCUGGCUGAAUCCCGAUGUGGUCAGCACUUACCUGCGGGAGAAGCAUCAGAUCCGAAUCCGCGCUCGGAGACUUCCAGAGGUCCAGAUGCUAACUGUGUCUGGAAGUGGGAACUUCUUCCUUACUUGGGACAAUGUCUCUAGCCAGCCUAUCCCUGCAGAUGCCACAGCCCAUCAGAUUCAAACAGCCAUUGAAGAGUUACUUGCAGUCAAAUGCCAGCUGGAACCCUUUUCGGCUAACAUCCUACUCCGAGUUGGAUUUGAACAAGGCCCAGAAGGUUCCAGCUUCGAUGGGGACCUCACCAGCGGGACAGAGCCCUUCUGUGGGAGGUUCAGCCUCUGUCGGCCUAGACACCUUGUCCUCACACCCCCUGCUGCCCAGCAGGGCUACCGGCUGGAUCAGUACCCACAGCUGUGCGUUGCAUACAAAGGCCACAUGAAUAAGACCCUGAAGGUGACCGUGUCUUUCACAAUCGAUCUUCAAAACAUCAUUAAGAACAUCACCUGUGACUGGAGUCUCGUGGGAACUAGUCCCGAAAGCUGGCGAUUCACUUGCACUAACCUCUGGAAGACUUGCGUGCAUCGCUCCGUGCAUCUCCAGAGGUCUCUGGCAAACUCCCCGGUGCUGGUACAUCAAAUUGACCUCUUCCCUCCGGCUCAGGAGACUGGCGUGUUCUAUGUGGAUGAAAUUAUUAUUGCAGACACAAACCUAUCAGUUUCUCAGGCUGAUUCUGGAACAGCUCACCCAGGAGGGAAUCUGGUGGAAUCACUCUCUGUGGUGGGAUCCCCUCCAGUCUACCAUGUAACCUCCUGGUUGGCAGGGUGUGGCUCAGAGCUCCCACUCAUCACUGCAAGCGCUGUGCCCACUGAAGGAGCAGAAGAAGGAUCUGGGAUGGUCCAGGUGGCAACGCAGAGACUUCAGAGAACAAGUCCACCUUUAGGAGGACACUUUGGCAUCCACCUUUCUAAUACAGUGAUUCCUGAUGUUCCUGUACAUAUUUCAGCUAGUCACCUUCGCAAGCUCUUACAGAACAAUGCUGAUGACGUCACAUCCAGGUACCUCAAUGUCAGUGACUUCACUGUGACGGAGGAUCUGAAGUCUUGCUACGAACAUGUAUGGACCCUCUCCUGGUCCACCCAGGUUGGGGAUUUGCCCAUUUUCAUCAGGGUCUCUGAUGAAAAUCUAACUGGAGUGAACCCUGCUGCAACCACUCGUGUGUUAUAUGAUGGUGGAGUUUUUCUUGCUCCCGUAUUUGGAGACAUGUUGGUUACUGCCAAUCAGCACACUCAGGUAGUUGUGCAAGUGAAUGACAUACUAGCUCAUUGCUCAGGUUCCUGUUCUUUCCAGUAUCUUGAAGGAUCAACUCCCUGGGUCCACUCUGUGAGGUAUUCCCUUGAUGGUGACAUGGACCUACUGGUUUAUAUUACUGGAACUAGUUUCUCGGGUGACUCCCAGGCCUUGCAGGUUACAGUGAAUAAAACAAGUUGCAAAGUUAUUUUCUCAAACCAAACAGAUAUAGUCUGUCAGACACACCUACUACCCGUUGGAGUGUAUCAGAUCUCAGUGCUGGUGAGACCCUCGGGUCGUGCCAUCAAUGCCAGUGGAGGAGGCCUCUUCCUGAUCGUGGAACCCAGACUGGACGCAGUGGAGCCUUCUAGAGCUGCAGAGAUCGGAGGACUCUGGGCCACCAUCCGAGGCUCCGGUUUGGAAGAUGUCAGCCUCGUUUUAUUUGGAUCUCAGUCUUGUGCCAUCAAUGUCACCACAAGCAAUUCACGGAGAAUUCAAUGCCAAGUUCCACCCAGAGGGAAAGAUGGAUCCAUUGUGAAUGUCACCGUGAUCAGAGGGGACCAUUCUGCAGUUCUUUCCAUGGCAUUUACAUAUGUCUCUUCUUUAAAUCCAGUGAUCAUGUCUCUGAGCAGAAACAAAAGUAACAUAGCAGGAGGUGAGACCCUUUUCAUCGGCAUGGCGCCGCUGGUGGACUACUUGGAUUUGCAUGUGGAAGUCCACAUCCAGGAUUCCUUGGCUCGUGUUCAUGCGGAGACUGCCCAGGGCCUGGAGGUGGUGCUGCCCCCGCUGCCAGCUGGCCUCCACAGAAUCUCAGUCGCCAUCAAUGGGGUCAGCAUUCGUGCACAAGGGGUGGAUCUUCACAUCGAGUACAUCACAGAAGUUUUCAGCAUCGAGCCUUGCUGUGGGUCCCUUCUGGGUGGAACCAUCCUCAGCAUCGCAGGAGCAGGGUUCAGCAGGGACCCAGCUUUAAUUUUGGUGCUUGUGGGCAAUCGGUCCUGUGACAUUGUGAACUUAACAGAGACAAACGUCUGGUGUGAGACCCCCACCCUCCUGCCGCCUGAGGCAGAUGUCCUCACUGUCCCAGCCCCCGUGGAGGUCUGGGCUGGUAACAUGUCCUUCACCCAGGGACCUGCACCACGCCUGGUGGGGAAGGGCUUCACCUUCACGUACAAGGUGGCAGCAACGCCAUUGGUCACUGCUGUGCAGGGAGAAUUCACAAAUAGCAGCCUGAGCCUCUACGUGGAAGGAAAUAACCUCUCCAACUCAGUGAUGCUUCUGGGGGACUUGAACUGCGACCUAGAGACACAGUCUUUCGGGAGCAACGUGAGCCUGUCUGGGUGCUCCUUUCCUCUCCACGGUUUGGAGGCCGGCGUCUAUCCCCUUCAAGUGCGUCACAAGCAGAUGGGCUUUGCUAACAUGUCUGCGGUGCCCCAGCAAUUUGUGGUGACACCUCAGAUAAUGGCCAUCUCGCCAGCCAAGGGUUCUGCUUGCGGUGGGACCGUACUCACGGUGAGCGGGUUGGCUCUCAACUCCAGGAGGAAGUCGGUUCAGGUUGAUCUUUCGGGUCCUUUUACUUGUGCGACUUUGAGCUUGGGGGACCAGACAAUCCUGUGCCAGGUUGACCUGCUGGGCGACUCCUUGCCUGGUGCUUCCUUCACCCUGAACGUCUCAGUCCUGGUCAAUGGGCUACUCAGCGAGUGCCAGGGUAAUUGCACUCUUUUCUUGAGGGAAGAGACAACUCCUGUCAUGGAUGCCUUGACCACUAACAUCAGUGGGUCUCUGACUUUAGUGCUGAUUAGAGGUCAGAGGUUAGGCACCACAGCCGAUGAGCCAGUGGUGUAUUUGGAUGAUCAUCUUCCUUGUAUUGUAACCUUCUUUAAUGCAAGCCACAUCACAUGCUGGAUAAGUGACUUGAGCCCAGGACUCCACUACCUAUCAAUUGUUCCUUCAAGAAAUGGGUAUGCUUGUUCUGGUAACGUUUCCAGACACUUCUCCAUUUUGCCUCAGGUGUUUGAUUAUUUCCCCAAGAAUUUCAGCACACAUGGCGGAGGCCUUUUGACCUUAGAGGGCACCGCCCUAAGAGGGCAGAACAGCACGUUGGUCUACAUUGGGCAGCGGGCCUGCCUGACGGUGAACAUCAGCACAGAGCUCAUCCAGUGCACUGUUCCUGCAGGGAAUGGCUCCGCUGUCCUGGACAUAGAGGUAGAUGGACAUUCAUACCAGAUGGGAGUCAUUGGUUAUAGCAGCACCUUCACCCCGGAAUUGCUCUCUGUUUCUCACACCGGUGACGUCUUAACCUUUGUGGUGGCCCGGAUCUCAGGAGCUGAGAACGUUGACAUUUUUAUCGGGGUGUCACCCUGUGUGGGUAUAUCUGGCAACUACACGGUUCUCCAAUGCGUGGCCCCAGUCCUUGCUGCCGGGGAGUACCAAGUCAGAGGUUAUGACCACAUAAGAGGGUGGGCCUCUUCCGUCCUGGUGUUCACAUCAAGAGUUACGGUCACGGCAGUGACUGACAGCUUUGGCUGCCUGGGUGGACGGCUUGUGCAUGUGUUUGGAGCAGGAUUUUCUCCAGGGAACAUCUCCGCUUCCGUGUGUGGUGCUCCCUGCCAAGUCCUGGCUAACGGUACAGUGUCUGCCUUCAGCUGCUUGGUUCUCCCCCUGGAUGUGUCCUUGGCUUCCCUGUGUGACCUGAAGCAUGAGCAUGAGAGCUGUGAAGCCGCCGCUCACACCUACGUGCAGUGUGAUUUGACUGUCACUGUGGGGGCAGAGAAACUGCCCGAAUCAUGGCCUUUCCUCUACAUUUGUGAAGAAAGUUCCCAAUGCCUCUUUGCACCAGAUUACUGGACAGAGUCAGCCUUUCCAUUGUUCUCAGGCCUCUUCAUCAGCCCUAAAGUGGAAAGAGAUGAAGUUCUCAUCUAUAAUAGCUCCUGUAACAUUACCAUGGAAACUGAGGCAAAGAUGGAGUGUGAGACGCCUAAUCAGCCAAUUACCGCCAAGAUUACUGAGAUACGGAAAAGCCGGGGCCAGAACACUCAGGGUAAUGUUUCCUUUCAUUUCUGCCGGAGGUGGUCAAGGGCUUACAGCUGGUUUCCUGAACGGGCGCCACAAGAUGGCGACAACGUCACGGUGGAGAACGGCCAACUGCUCCUGCUAGACACCAACACAAGCAUCCUCAACUUCCUGCACGUUAAAGGAGGCACUCUGAUUUUCAUGGAUCAAGGAACCAUUGAGCUCAGGGCACACUCCAUCCUUGUUUCUGAUGGUGGAGAGCUCCGGAUUGGAUCUGAGGACAAGCCCUUCCAAGGCCAAGCUGUGAUCACACUGUAUGGGAGUUCCCACUCUACCCCCUUUUUUCCAUAUGGAGUCAAGUUCCUGGCUGUGAGGAAUGGAACUCUUUCCCUGCAUGGUUCACUACCAGAAGUAAUUGUCACUCAUCUUCGAGCAGCUGCCUCUGCCCGGGACACGGUGUUGGCUCUAGAAGAUGCUGUGGACUGGCACUCUGGGGAUGAAGUUGUCAUCAUCAGUGGAAUGGGUGUUGAAGGUGCCAAACCCAUGGAAGAGAUUGUCAUUGUGGAAACUGUGCACAAUGCAGACCUCUAUCUGAGAUCACCCUUGAGGUAUUCUCACAACUUCACAGAGAAUUGGUUAGCUGGAGAGCACCAUAUUCUAAAGGCCACAGUGGCCCUGCUCAGCAGGAGGAUUAUCAUACGAGGAAAUCUCACCAGUGAGAGGACAAAGUUCCUUGCUUCAUGCCAGGAGGCUAACACUUCAGAAGGUAAUUUGCAGCACUGUUUGUACUCCAAGAGUGAGAAGAUGCUGGGAUCCAGGGACCUGGGGGCCAGAGUCAUCAUUCAGUCCUUCCCAGAGGAGUCCAGCCGGGUACAGUUGCAGGGAGUGCAGUUCAAGAACUUGGGGCAAGCUUUCCAUAAGCAUCUGAGCUCCCUAACUCUGGUGGGAGCUAUGAGAGAUUCCUACAUACAGGGCUGCACCGUGUGGGGCUCCUUCAGCCGAGGCCUCAGCAUGUCCGGGACCUUGGGCCUGAAGGUGGAUAGUAAUGUGUUCUACGAUAUUUUAGGCCAUGCACUGCUGGUGGGUACACACAUGGAGACAAGAUAUAUCCCUUGGGAGGCUAUUCUUGGAAGAAAAAAUGACAGGUCAGAACAAGGAAAUAUAGUAAGAAACAAUGUGAUCAUCAGUGUUUCUGGUGCUGAGGGACUCUCCAGUCCUGAAAUGUUAACACCAUCUGGUGUCUAUAUCCGCAACCCCACCAAUGUUAUAGAGGGAAACACAGUGUGUGCUGCUGGUUUUGGCUACUUUUUCCAUCUUGUGACCAACCGAACAUCACAAGCUCCACUUCUCUCCUUCACUGGGAAUGUUGCACAUUCUUGUACAAGAUGUGGGCUCUUUGUCUACCCUAAGUUUCAGCCACCUUGGGACAAUGACACUGGCCCCACCCUGUUCCAGAACUUCAGGGUUUGGGGAAGUGCAGGUGGUGUGCAGAUUUUUAGAAGUAGCAAUCUUCACCUAAGAAACUUCCAAGUUUAUUCAUGCAGAGAUUUUGGAAUUGAUAUCUUGGAAAGUGAUGCAAAUACUUUAGUUACUGACAGCUUAUUCCUUGGUCAUUUUGCCCACAAGGAAAGCCUGUGUAUGUCAGCAGGGAUCAAAACUCCCAAAAGAUGGGAACUGAUGGUAUCUAACACAACUUUUGUUAAUUUUGAUCUCACUGACUGCGUGUCCAUCAGAACCUGUUCGGGCUGUUCCCGAGGACAGGGUGGAUUUACUGUGAAGACCAACCAGUUAAAGUUUAUAAACUCUCCCAACAUAGUAGCAUUUCCAUUUCCUCAUGCGGCAAUUUUGGAAGACUUGGAUGGGUCUCUGUCUGGGAAAAAUGGAAGUCACAUUCUUGCUUCUAUGGAAACCCUCUCAGAUUCUUGUUUGGUCAGUGCCAGAUUCAGUCAGAUUGUCCCUGGCAGUGUCUGUGGAGAUGUUUUCUUUCAUCGUAUGUCUAUUGGAUUAACUAAUGCUCCGGAUGUUUCUUAUGACUUAACCUUGACUGACAGCAGAAAUAAGACAACCACCGUCAAUUAUGUGCGUGACACAUUGUCUAACCCUGAUGGCUGGAUGGCUCUGCUCUUGGAUCAAGAGACCUACUCACUGCGAUUUGAGACUCCUUGGAUCAACAGAUCUCUGCAGGGAAUUUACUUGAUGUACUCAGCAACAUUUGGCAACUUUGCUCCUGGGAAUUACCUCCGGCUGGUACACACAGUCCUGUGGCCUUCCCCUGACAUCCUCAUAAGGUGCGGGAGUCAAGUGGGGCGGUCUUUGCCCUCUCUUCCAUCGCCUGGUAAAGACCAAGGCUGUGACUGGUUCUUCAAUAGCCAGCUGAAGCAACUCACCUAUCUGGUUUCAGGUGAAGGUCAAGUCCAAGUGAUUGUCCAGGUGAAGGAAGGUAUGCCCCCAACUAUUUCAGCUUCUACCUCUGUGCCUGAAUCAGCUUUAAAAUGGUCCCUCCCUGAAGCAUGGACAGGCGUUGAAGAGGGCUGGGGAGGACACAACCAUACCAUCCCAGGCCCUGGGGAUGACGUCCUGAUUUUACCAAACAGGACUGUCCUUGUGGAUACAGACCUUCCAAUCCUCAAAGGCCUCUAUGUGGUGGGGACUUUAGAGUUCCCUGUGGACAGAAGCAACGUUCUGAGUGUGGCCUGCAUGGUCAUUGCAGGCGGGGAGCUGAAAGUCGGUACUUUGGAAAAUCCCUUACAAAAAGAACAAAAGCUUCUGAUUCUCCUUAGAGCCUCAGAGGGAGUCUUUUGUGACCGUUUCAAUGGAAUUCAUAUUGAUCCAGGAACUAUUGGAGUUUAUGGGAAACUUCGGCUUCACAGUGCUUAUACUAAGAAAUCCUGGACACGGCUUGGGGCUGACAUUGCCUCAGGCAAUGAGAGAAUUAUAGUAGAGGAUGCUGUGGAUUGGCGACCCCGUGACAAAAUUGUGCUUGGCUCCUCUUCCUAUGAGCCUCACGAAGCUGAGGUCCUCACUGUGAAAGAAGUUAAGGGCCACCAUGUGCGGAUCCAGGAGCGGCUCAAGCACCGGCACAUUGGAAGCGUACACGUCCUGGAGGAUGGCCCAUACAUUCGUUUGGCUGCUGAGGUUGGACUUUUGACCCGAAAUAUACAAAUGCAGUCUGAUACAUCAUGCAGGGGGAGACUCCUUGUGGGGUCCUUCAGGAAGUCCAGCAGAGAAGAAUUUUCAGGUGUCCUUCAACUUUUAAAUGUGGAAAUUCAGAACUUUGGCUCACCAUUGUUUUCAUCCAUUGAAUUCACGAAUGUGUCGGCAGGAUCCUGGAUAAUAUCUUCUGCUCUGCACCAAAGCUGCGGUGGGGGCAUUCGCGCAGUUGCCAGUCACGGGAUCAUUUUAAAUGACAACAUAGUGUUUAGCACCGUUGGUCAUGGCAUUGAUUUGGAGGGUCAGGCCUUUUCUCUCUCUAAUAACCUUGUGGUUCUGAUGACACAGUCAGCGUGGUCCACCGUUUGGGUGGCAGGCAUCAAAGUGAACCAGGCAAAGGACAUCACCCUCCGUGGUAAUGUCGUGGCAGGAUCGGAGAGACUUGGCUUUCACAUCCGAGGCCAGAGGUGUUCCCCUCUUGAAGCUCUUUGGUCUGACAAUGUGGCCCACUCAAGCCUUCACGGUCUGCAUCUCUAUAAGGAAAGUGGACUUGGCAACUGCACUAGAAUCUCUGGCUUUUUGGCUUUCAAGAACUUUGACUACGGUGCCAUGCUCCAUGUGGAGAACAGUGUGGAGAUAGAGAACGUCACUCUGGUGGACAACACUAUCGGUCUUUUGGCAACAGUAUAUGUGUCUUCUGGUUCACAGCCUUCCAUCGAAAAUGUGCAGAUUGUGCUUAGGAACUCAGUCAUUGUGGCCACUAGCUCCUCUUUUGACUGCAUUCAGGACAGGGUUAAGCCGGGCUCUGCCAACUGGACAUUAAUAGACCGAGCUCCUUCCAACCCCAGAGGGGGUCGAGUUGGUAUUCUGUGGCCAGUGUUCACCUCAGAACCAAAUCGGUGGCCUCAGGAACCAUGGCACAAAGUGAGAAAUGGCCAUUCAGUUUCAGGAAUCAUGAAGCUUCAAGAUGUCACCUUUUCUAGUUUUGUGAAGAGUUGCUAUAGCAAUGACCUAGAUGUAUGCAUUCUGCCCAAUGGAGAGAACACUGGAAUCAUUCAUCCCAUAACAGCAGAGAGGACCAAAAUGCUAAGUAUCAAAGAUAAAAACAAGUUCUACUUUUCUCCUUUACAAACCAGGAAAGAUUUAGGAACACUGGUCUGCUCUGAAUCCUAUUGUGAAAGUCCAAGAAAGUAUCUCUUUAAGGAUCUCGAUGGGAGAGCCCUGAGUCUACCUCCACCGGUUUCUGUAUUUCCUAAAACCGAGGCAGAAUGGACUGGAUCCUUCUUCAACACAGGUACAUUUAGAGAAGAACAGAAAUGCACAUACCGAUCCCUGAUACAAGGCUACAUCUGCAAACAGACUGACCAAGUGAUCUUAAUUCUUGACAUUGUUAAUGCCACUUGGGCAAUGAGGAAGUUAUAUCCUGUUGUUUCUGUGACUAGUGGUUUUGUGGACACCUUCAGUAGUGCAAAUGCCAAUACGUCCUGCUCUACUUCAGGGUCUGUAUCUACUUUCUAUUCCAUUUUACCCACCAGGGAAACCACCAAGGUCUGCUUUGUGGAUCAGACUCCUCACGUUUUGCGUUUUUUUCUGUUGGGGAACAAAAGUACCUCCAAACUUCUGUUGGCUAUAUUCUACCAUGAACUCCAGAGCCCCCAUGUUUUCUUAGGGGAAAGCUUCAUCCCACCUAUUCUGGUUCCAUCAACUUCCUCAUUGCUGGAUGAGUCUAUUGGUUCCAACUAUUUCAGCCUCAUGGAUAACCUCUUGUAUGUUGUUCUACAAGGAGAGAAGCGUGUUGAAAUACGCUCAGGUGUGUCCAUUCAUUUGGCCUUCACUGUGCUGUUUUCAGUCCUAGAAAAAGGCUGGGAAAUGGUGACCCUUGAAAGACUAACUGAAUUCUUACAGAUUAGCCAAGACCAAAUUAGAUUUAUUUAUGAUAUGCCUGGCAAUGAAGCAACCUUAAAGGCCAUUGCUGACCGUAGAGCAAAAAGAAAGCGCAAUUGCCCAACUGUACCUUGUACCAGUUAUUAUAGAGCUGGUCAACGUAAACCUCUCAUGACGGAAAUGAACUCAUACAGGGUCCCCCCACCAACCACCAUGGAAACUAUGUCAAAAGUGAUGGUCAUUGAAAUUGGUGAUCUGCCAACAGUAAGGAGCACUGGACUGAUUCCAUCCUUAUCUAGCGACAAAUUACAGAAUUUGGCUCACCAGGUUAUCACCGCUCAACAGACUGGAGUACUUGAGAGUAUGCUGAAUAUGACUAUUGGAGCCUUACUGGUGACUCACUCAGGGGGAGUCAUUGGCUAUGGAAAUACAAGCAAUUUUAAAACUGGGAACUCGAUAUAUACUCGGCCGUAUGUUCUUUCAGUCCUAGUCCAGCCUUCAGAUGGAGAAGUGGGGAAAGAACUUCCAGUACAGCCACAGCUCAUUUUUCUGGAUAAGCAGAAUCGGAGAGUGGAGUCCUUAGGGCUGCCAACAGAGCCUUGGGCCAUUUCUGUUUCCCUGGAAGGGACUUCAGAUUCAGUGCUGAAAGGGUGUACUCAGGCAGAAACUCGAGAUGGUUAUGUGAGCUUCUCCAACUUGGCAAUUUUGAUCUCUGGGUCAAAUUGGCACUUUAUUUUUACUGUCACUUCCCCUCCAGGAGCCAAUUUUACAACUCGAUCCAGGCCAUUCGCCAUCUUACCUGUGACUAGGUCAGAGAAGUCGACCAUCAUCCUGUCUGCCUCCCUGUGCUCAGUGGUCUCAUGGCUGGCUCUGUGCUGUCUAGUGUGCUGUUGGUUUAAGAAAAGCAAAAGCAGAAAAAUCAAGAGUGAAGAUAUUUCUGCAUCCCAGGCUAAUGAUCAAAAGAAUCAUGUCCAUGUCUCAUCUAAACGCCAAGGAUCACAGGUAGAGACUGAAAAAGAAGACCCCGUAGUGGGAGAAGAUAUGAGGAUGAAGGUCAUGCUGGGCAAGCUGAACCAGCUCCCCCACCAGUCAGUAAACGGGGUGUCCAGAAGGAAGGUUAGCCGCCGUGCUGUCCGAGAAGAGGCUGGUGGCCGAGAAGAGGCCACCGUAUCUGCUCCCAGUACUACCACUGUCACAUCCCCUGGGCACACCUGUGCUCCAGGCUCUCAUGCUCAGCAGAUGUGCAUGCAGGAGGCUGGGAACUGGAAAGAGGCCCAAGAGCAGUUGCUGAGAUACCAGCUGGCAGGUCAAGAUCAGCUGCUGCUGCUCUGUCCAGACCUCAGACACGGGAGGCAGCAGAUGCAGGAACAGAGUCAGCUGGGCAAGGACAGUGGCAGCUCAGGACUUUCCCAAGAGAAGAAAGCGUCCUGUGGUGCCAGUGAGGCAUUCUGCCUUCAUUCAGUCCAUCCAGAAGCUACUCAGGAACAGCUGUGA